CAAUGCGCACCGGGAGCACCGGCGGGGGCGGCCGCGCCGGCUCAGCUCGGGAGCCGCCAGCCCGGGGCCGCGGCAGCCCGCACCGGCUCCGGGACGGGCCCCGGUGCCGGGAGGGCGAUGGCACCGGCGCUGCUCCUCGCCCUGGGGCUGCUGCUGCUCGCCGCCGCUCCCGGGGCGCGCGGGCGAGGCGCAGGUGACAGCUGGCAGCAGCGCCGUGCAGGGCUGGGACACUACUGGCACGUGACGCCGCGGGUCCUGCGGGGUGACCGGCCGCUCCGCUUGGAGGAGGCGAUGCAGGGGGGGUUCCCCAGCCAGCUGCAGGUGGUGCUGGAGCUGGAGGGAACGCAGCUGGUGCUGGAGCUGGAGCAAAACUGGGAUCUGGUGCUGGGCACCGGGGCGCUGCUCUACUACCUGCCCAACGGCACGCGGGUGGUGCAGGAGGCCAGCAGGCAGGAGCACUGCUGCUACCGGGGGAACGUGCGGGGUUUCCCCAGCUCCUGGGCCAGCCUCUGUGCCUGCUCCGGACUCAGUGGCCAUUUCCGAGUGGCAGAGAACAGGAGCUACGGGCUGGAGCCGGAUGCCAGCGGCCCCCCAGGGAGCCACAUCGCGUACCGGCUGCGGGAGGUCCGGCUGGCACCGCGGGCCUGUGGGCAGGGCCCCCCGGAGCCUCCCCGGGUGGAGGUGGAGACGGAGCCACCCCGGCUGCAAAGGGGCAAGCGGUCGACGGCGGAGCAGCGGUUCGUGGAGCUGGUGAUGGUGCUGGACCACGCCGCGUUCCAGAACUACCCCGACCUGAAACGUGCCCGCACCCGGACCCUGGAAAUCGCCAACCAGGUGGACACGUUCUUCCAGCCGCUGGGCGUGCGGGUGGCCUUGGUGGCGGUGGAGGUCUGGAGCGAGGGCGACAGGUUCGAGGUGGGGCGCAGUGCCCGGGCCACACUAGAGCGGUUCCUGCGGUGGCGCCAGGAGGAGCUGCUGCCCCGGCUGCCCCACGACAACGCGCAGCUCCUCACGGGCUCCAGCUUUGACGACGUCGCGGUGGGGAUGUCGGUCCAAGCCUCCAUGUGCUCGCCCACGCGCUCCGGGGGGGUCAGCAUGGACUACUCGGUCAGCGUCCUUGUCAUCGCCUCCACUGUGGCCCAUCAGCUGGGGCACAGCCUGGGCAUGGGCCACGACGGCGUCGGGCGCUUUUGUGAGUGCAGCAACCUCUACCACGACCAUGGCUGCAUCAUGGACUUGCCCACGGGGCUCACACCCGGCUUGAGCUUCAGCAACUGCAGCCAGCGGGACCUGGAGCGCAGCCUGGAGCAAGGGCUGGGCUGGUGCCUUUUCAACGUGCCCGAGCCCCAGCGGCUGGCCGAGAGCCCCCGCUGCGGGAACCGCUUCUUGGAGCCGGGCGAGGGCUGCGACUGCGGCCUCAGCCUGGAGUGCACCGACCCCUGCUGCAACAGCAGCACCUGCCAGCUGGUGCCCGGAGCGCAGUGUGCCACGGGGGACACCUGCUGCCACGACUGCCAGCUGCGCCGCGCGGGACAUCUGUGCCGGGAACCUCUGGGGGAGUGCGACCUGCCCGAGUUCUGCGACGGGGUCUCGCCGCACUGCCCACCCAACGCCUUCCUGCAGGACGGGCAGCCCUGCGCUGGGGGGCGGGCGCGCUGCUACGGCGGCGCCUGUGCCACUUACGAGGGGCAGUGCCAGCAGCUCCUGGGGCCAGGUGCCAGCCCUGUCUCCAGCUCCUGCAUGGCCUCUCUGAAUGCGAAAGCGGACGAACGUGGGCACUGCGGGCAGCUCCCCAACGGCUCCUACGUCGCCUGUGCCCAGCAGGAUGCCGGCUGCGGGAGGCUGCAGUGCCGGCGUGGCGGUGCCCGUGGGGGCCGAGCGGAGGGCUCCUGCCGGGGGACCGUGCUGCCCGGGGUCGAGGACGUGAGCGAUGCAGCCAUGGUGCUGCCCGGCACAGCCUGCGGCCCCGCGAAGGUGUGCCUCCAGCACCAGUGCCAGGACGUCUCGGUGCUGGGCGACCAGCAGUGCCGGAGCAAGUGCCACGGGCACGGGGUGUGCAACAACCACGGCCACUGCCACUGUGAGCCGGGCUGGGCGCCCCCCACCUGCGAGAGCCCCGGAGCAGGGGGCAGCCAGGACAGCGGCCCCGCCGCCACGCUGGAGCGAGGGGGGAGCGCCCUGCCCACCGCCCUGCUGCUGAGCGCGCUGCUCGGGCUGGCGCUGGUGUUGGGGCUGUGCUGCGCGCGCCGCGCCGGGCUGCACAAGCACCUCUGCCAGCUGGGCAAGGGGACGUCGUGCCAGUACAGCGCUGAGACCCGGGUCCGAUUCCUGGGUCCAGAAGCCCCAGACGGCUGGAGCGGGAUCUCGCAGCCGGAGCCCCCCUUGGCCGGGCAGGGCCCCCCGCAGCGCCCCCGGCCCCCGCAGUGGCGCCAGGCCACGGAGCUGCAGGUCAUGCACAGCAGCAAGCCGGCUGUCCCGGCCCGGCCCGAUCCGCCUGCGCGGCCUCUCCCGCCCGACCCUCUAACCAAGGCCUCCCAGGCCCCCCCCUCGGACAGGCCGCCCCCCCCCACCCGCCCGCUGCCUGCGGACCCCGUGGCGCCAGGCACUCAGCCCCCAGGUCCUGCCAAGCCCCCCCCGCCUCGCCGGCCACUGCCCUCAGACCCCCCGGGGCCUUCACUGACGCGCAGCGAGACCCCCCCCGGCCACCCCCACGUCACCGUCAUCCCUUCCAGGCCGGCGCCGCCGCCGCCGCCCGCGGGCGCCCCCCGGGAAGCCUGAGCGGGGCCGGGACCGCCGCUGGAGCCGCCGGGCCGGGCCGUGGGGGAGGGCCUCGCCCCCCCCGGGGCCGCGCCGCCCGCUUGUCGCCGCCGGGCCAAUAAAGGGGCCGUGAGCCUG